AUGGCGACCGAGAGCUUUGGAUUCCAAGCUGAAAUCAGUCAACUCCUUGACUUGAUUAUCAACACCUUCUACUCGAACAAGGAGAUCUUCCUUCGUGAGAUAAUCUCAAACGGCUCAGAUGCCCUCGACAAAAUCCGUUAUGCUUCCUUGACCGAUCCCUCGGCUCUCGAGACCGAGAGGGACCUCUAUAUCCGUAUCACCCCGGACAAGGAGAACAAGCUCCUCUCCAUCCGUGAUACCGGUGUCGGUAUGACCAAAGCUGACUUGGUCAACAACCUUGGUACCAUCGCCAAGUCUGGCACAAAAGGUUUCAUGGAGGCCCUCAGCUCUGGCGCCGACAUUUCUAUGAUCGGUCAAUUCGGUGUCGGUUUCUACUCUGCUUACCUCGUUGCCGAGCGUGUUCAGGUCAUCUCAAAACACAACGAUGACGAGCAGUACAUCUGGGAAUCAGCUGCAGGUGGCACCUUCACGAUCACUCCUGAUACGACUGGCGAGCCUCUCGGUCGUGGUACUGAGAUCCGCCUUUACCUCAAGGAGGACCAGACCGAGUACCUUGAGGAGAAGAAGAUCAAGGAGAUCGUCAAGAAGCACUCCGAGUUCAUCUCAUACCCCAUCCAACUCGCUGUCACCAAGGAGGUUGAGAAGGUAAGCCGAUUUCAGAUGCCUCCCUCUGAUUGUGGCUCAUAUGACGACGAGGAACUGAAGGAUGAGAAAGAGGAGUCCAAAAUCGAAGAGGUCGAAGACGACGACAAGCCCAAAGAGAAGAAGACCAAGAAGGUCAAGGAAACCGAGACCACCAAUGAGGAGCUCAACAAGACAAAGCCCAUCUGGACGCGUAAUCCUCAGGAUAUAAAUCCCGAGGAGUACGGUGCCUUCUACAAAUCACUAACCAACGAUUGGGAGGAGCAUCUCGCCGUCAAGCACUUCUCCGUCGAGGGUCAGCUUGAGUUCAAGGCAAUCUUGUACAUUCCAAAGCGCGCGCCUUUCGAUCUUUUCGAGACCAAGAAGAAGCGCAACAACAUCAAACUCUACGUCCGCCGUGUUUUCAUCAUGGACGACUGCGAGGAUCUCAUCCCCGAAUACCUCAACUUCGUCAAGGGUAUCGUCGAUUCCGAGGACUUGCCUCUUAACAUUUCGCGUGAAACCCUCCAACAGAACAAGAUUCUUAAGGUCAUCCGCAAGAACAUCGUCAGGAAGUGCAUGGACCUGUUCACUGAGAUCUCGGAGGACAAGGACAACUUCAACAAGUUCUACGAGGCUUUCGGCAAGAAUUUGAAGCUUGGUAUCCACGAGGAUGCUCAGAACCGUAGCAAGCUUGCUGAGUUCCUCCGCUUCUUCUCUACCAAGUCUCUCGAGGAACAGACCUCGCUCAAGGACUACAUUACGCGUAUGCCCGAGGUCCAGAAGUCGAUCUACUACCUUACCGGUGAAUCUCUUGCCGCUGUCCGUGACUCACCCUUCCUUGAAGUGCUCAAGAAGAAGGGCUUCGAAGUCCUCCUUCUCGUUGACCCCAUCGAUGAGUACGCUGUCACGCAGCUGAAAGAGUUCGAGGGCAAGAAGCUUAUUUGUGUCUCGAAAGAGGGUCUCGAGCUCGAGGAGACUGAGGAGGAGAAGAAAGUUCGCGAAGAAGAGGCUGCUCAGUUCAACGACCUCUGCCAGACCAUCAAGGAAGCCCUUGGUGACAAGGUCGAGAAGGUUGUGGUUUCCAACCGUAUCACCGACUCUCCUUGCGUCCUCGUUACCGGCCAGUUCGGUUGGUCAUCUAACAUGGAGCGUAUCAUGAAAGCACAAGCUCUCCGUGACUCCUCGAUGUCAUCAUACAUGGCGUCCAAGAAGACCCUCGAGCUCAACCCCUCAAACGCCAUCAUCAAAGAGCUCAAGCGCAAGGUUGCCGAGGACAAGGCUGACAAGUCUGUCCGUGACCUCACCUUCCUCCUAUUCGAGACCGCGCUCCUCACCUCCGGUUUCUCACUCGACGACCCUACGUCAUUCGCCAAGCGCAUCAACCGUAUGAUCAGCUUGGGUCUCGACGUUGACGAGGAAGAGGAAGAAUCGGCACCCGCUGAAGACUCCAGUGCCCCUCCGCCGUUGGAAUCCGUGUCGACGUCGGCAAUGGAGGAGAUUGAUUAG